GCGAGCGUGUCUCUUAAGCCAUCCUACUCGUAUCUAAAUAAAUAAAAUACGCCGCAAUGUAUACGCGAGUGAUCGUGUUCUUUAUGCUUAUAAGCGUAAACAUCACAUGUUUGGGGCAGACCGGUGCUUGCGCGAAUUGUGCGAACGGAGACCUCAGUGUGACGGAGCUGACGGAGGCCAGGAUCCAGUUCGUGAAGCAGCAGAUCCUGAAGAAGCUGAGGUUGAACAAGAAGCCGGCGGUGGCGGUACCGGUGAACAGUCUACCCAUGCCAGUCGCCCAGGGGCAGACGCUAAGCCAUGGGACCGAUAAACCGCCAGAGAUUGACGACUAUUAUGGUAGAACCGAGCAGAAAAUUAUAUUCCCCGUCGAAGGUGAAUGCCUUACGUCAGGGAGAUAUCCGUUCAUCUGUCUGCAGUUUGAGCUACCUCCAGACGUUGAACCUGAAGAGGUGACGGUCGUGGAACUAUGGUUUUAUAAGGAACGGGAUCCUCUAGACGAAUACAAUCAGACCUUCGUUAUAUCAGAAGCGGCGCACUGGGACAGCCAACAGCAGUUCAAAAAGACAAAACCUAUAGCUAUCAAGGAGACGGAUAUUGGAGAAGGCUGGGUCAGGGUUGAACUGGCUUGGGCGGUGAGAGUCUGGCUGGAAGGGCGGGAGAGAUUGCACACAUUACACGUGGCUUGCAGAACGUGUCAGUUACGUCGCGCACCCCUCUCUUUCCACGAAAAGCACCGUCCCUUCUUAGUCCUGUACACCAAAUACGCUGGUAAGCGGCGCCGCGGGCGAGCGCUAGAGUGUGGGGCCACCACCAGCGAGUGCUGCAGAGAGCCUCUCUAUGUGAGCUUCAAAGAACUCGGCUGGGAUGACUGGAUCAUACGCCCGGCUGGCUACCACGCAUACUUCUGCAAGGGCACUUGUAUGCCGAUAUCUGCUGUUACGAGGUCGGACAGCUACCACCAUAAUAUAAUACGGAAAUACUUCUAUUCAGUAUCAAAUGAACGGAAGACGGAAUUCAAGCCAUGCUGUGCGCCUACUACAUUUAGUUCCUUACAACUUCUCUAUAUGGAUUCGAAUAACACUGUCACGCAGAAAACCUUACCCAAUAUGGUCGUAGAAACCUGUGGCUGUAUGUAAGUCUGCUCGUUGAAACUCUAGACAUCCUAGACCGAUACUAGAUUUGUAGCAACCGUAUUCGCUAAGUCGGGU